ACAACUUCCAAGUACUAACGAUUUUUCAUCGUUGGGUAGUUGGAUUGUUAUCCACCAGUAGCUAGUCUACCACUUCUCUCGAGGGUUGGAAAAACGUGUAGUGUUGCUCCUACAUCGUGAGCAGAGGGCUUUCGCCUGCCCCUGGGGAUCUAAGGUACCUCAAUUGCCCAGACGGGUUAAUUAAAGGGCUAUUGACAGUGAGAAAAAAAUAUAUAAAGGAGAAUGGAUUAUCGGAGGGGGCAAUAUGGUAGCCAGGAGAGCUUUGACUUCCGAGACGAUGAGGAUCGCCGAAGGCAGCUGGGGCGUUCAGCUCAUCGAGACGAUGAUUAUGAAUUCAGUAAUGGAAGGGAUUAUGAUCCACCGAGAAGGGAUCGUUCCUCUAGUCAAAAUCACGAUAGCAAUAUGGUUUACAGAGGGCAAAAACCUAAAUCAAGAAUUGAGGAGUCCAGGGCAACUGGAAAACCAGGACCUGGAACUUUGAAGACCAUGGACAGUAUUCAGGAUCCUGGCAAACGUUAUGUUUUAAAGGAUAUCAUAGGGACUGGGGUUUGUGGUACCAUUUACUCAGCGGUGGACACUCAAGCUGGUAACAAGAAAGUUGCAGUGAAAAUUCAAGAUCUGACCCCCGACACACAACAACUAAUAGUCGAAGAAUACCGUGUACUUCGUGAUUUCUGUGGCCACUCAAAUCUCCCUGAUUUCUACGGUAUUUACCGUAAGAGAUCAUCGCGAAAAGGAGACUACGAUCAAAUAUGGCUGAUCAUGGAGCUAUGCGAGGGGGGACCAGUCAUGGAUCUUGUGAGGGGUCUCGGUGUCUCCGAGAAGAAAAUGCAGGAGGAGCAGAUCGCUUAUGUUCUCAAAGAAGUAGUCAAGGCCCUAGCUUAUCUCCACGAAAAUCGUGUAAUUCAUCGAGACGUCAGAGGUGACAACAUUCUUCUGUCAAAAGAGGGAGAAGUCAAGCUCGUUGACUUCGGUUUUUCAAGAAUGUUCAAAGGCGAAGCUGGUAAACGAAAUACAACAAUUGGAUCACCCUGCUGGAUGGCACCAGAAGUUGUCACUAGCCGAGGCGAUUCCGACGGUGGAUACACAGCAAGAUCCGAUGUCUGGUCCCUUGGAAUAACAGCUAUUGAACUGGCGGAUGGUAAAGCUCCCUUCCAGGACAUGCACCCAACGAGAGUCCUCUUUCAAAUCGUGAGAAAUCCACCACCAGGUCUCCACAGGCCUGUCAAUUGGUCCGAGAACUUCAACGAUUUUAUUGCCGAAUGCCUGGAGAAGAAUCCGGAGAAUAGGCCAGUCAUGGCCGAGAUGUUGAUGCAUCCCUUCCUCGCAGAACUACCCGAGAACGAUUAUCAUCUGACGCAGGAGCUGAAGGCCCUCUCCAUGGGUGUCAGGGAGAGGAGACAGGUACCACGACCUCCGGAGGUCAUGGUGAGAAAUGGAUUCCUCAAGAGGGACCAAGAGAGACCGGCCGAAGCCAUGUUGACGGAGGAUUUAGCUGCCCUGGAGGUCCUCACUGAGGACACAGUACUCGAUGAACUUCAGGAGAGACUUCGCAGGGGCCAUUUUCAAACAUUCGUUGGAGAUAUCCUAAUCAUUCUCAAUCCCAAUGAGAUUCAAGAUAUUUAUGGGAAUGACUACCAUGAAAAAUACAACUUCAAAUCACGAUCGGAGAACUCUCCCCACAUUUACUCAGUGGCAGAUAGUGCGUACCAGGACGUACUCCAUCACGAGGAGCCCCAGCACGUUCUCUUUGCUGGUGAAAGUCAUUCCGGGAAAACAACAAAUGCACUACAUCUUAUCAAACAUCUCAUGUACCUCGGCAAGAGCGCAACGGACAUUGGAGUGAGAGUUUUCAAAGCCAUUGACUUGAUUCACUCAUUCUCCCAUGCAGCAACACCACUAAAUAUCAAUUCAACACGAUGUGUUUUGCAAAUACAAACGACAUUUGGAUCAACUGGAAAAGCAUCGGGUGCUAUUUUCUGGUUGUAUCAGCUGGAGAAAUGGAGAGUAUCCACUAAAGACACAAAUAAAUCAAAUUUUCACGUUUUUUAUUACUUGUACGAUGGUAUUGAGGCUAAGGGGAGAUUGAAGAAGUACAAUUUACCCCGGGGUAGGCAGAUGAGGUACCUCAGGAUGAACGAUUCAAGCACGAGAAAUCGUUCAUUUAAAGUAAGAAAUGAUCCUCAGGGAAAUUCAUUAAAAUUUGAUGAGAUAGAGGAGACACUGAGACUCAUGGAAAUGGAUGAAUACACUGAUUUCAUUUGGUCUACACUGUCAGCCAUUUUACUCCUUGGGGAGGUGUCCUUUGCCGAGGGGAGUAAUGGGGAGGCUGAAGUGGAAAAUACUGAUCUCGCUUAUACCGUGGGGGGACACUUAGGGGCAGAUCCCAAAAAAUUCGUCUGGUGUCUCACCAACUACUGUAUUCUAAAGAAAGGAACUGCAGUACGUCGUAAACACACUUGCGAGGAAGCCAAAGAGGCUCGCGAUGUUCUAGCAAAUACUCUAUAUCAAAGAUUAGUCGAUUGGAUAAUUAAUACCAUCAACAUAAAAUUAGCUAUGACGAGAACACUCUUCGGGGAUAAAUACGUUGUUAGUGUUCUGGAUAUGUUCGGCUUCGAGUGCUUCUCUGUCAAUCGAUUUGAACAGCUGAUUGUGAAUACUAUGAACGAGCAAUUACAAUGUUAUUAUAAUCAGAGGGUAUUUGCAUGGGAAAUGCAAGAACAAGAAGAGGAGAAUAUUCCAGUCCAGCACUUUCAUUACUACGAUAAUCGCGAAGCAAUCGAACAACUCAUGGGAAAAAAUUCCGGAUUAUUCCUCUUAAUCGAUCACGCCUCACGCCAACAACAGGACACUCAGUACAUGAUUGAAAAAGUCAAGAGACACGCGAAGAGUGUUCACGUAAAAGCUGUGAGCUAUCAUGAAUUCACUAUUGCCCAUUACACUGGAAAAAUCACUUACGAUGCAACUGAAAUUGUCGAAAAGAACCGGGACUUCAUUCCCCCGGAGAUGAUCAACACUAUGAGACUAUCUUCCCACGAAAUCAUCAAGCAAUUGUUCACAAAUCAAUUGACAAAGUCUGGAAAUUUAACGGUUAUUAUUGAGGGGCCUAAAACAUCACAGAAGAGGGUGAAACCCAAGAGGGAGCUUUUGGGAUUGCCCGAGCCCUCGAGACUUAGGAGAUUCAAUACAGCAUCGAGAGGGCAAUUUUCUCAAACCCGAAAAAUGCGAACGUGUGCGGCAAUAUUUAAGUCAACGAGUUUGGAAAUUCUCAAGAACCUCUCUAUCGGCGGAGGUAGUGGAGGAACGCAUUUCGUGAGGUGUAUCAGGGCCGACCUAGAAGCAAAGCCUCGUGGAUUUCACCGAGAGAUAGUGAGACAACAAAUGAGAGCACUUGCUUUACUGGACACUGCCAAAGCUCGACAGAAAGGGUAUCCCCACCGGGUGCCAUUCCAAGAAUUCCUCCGAAGAUAUCAGUUUCUAGCUUUCGACUUCGACGAAAACGUGGAAAUAACCCGAGACAACUGUCGACUACUGCUGGUACGUCUGAAAAUGGAGGGUUGGGUUGUUGGUAAAACAAAAGUCUUCCUCAAAUACUACAACGAAGAGUACCUAGCCCGGCUAUACGAGAUUCAAGUCCGGAAGAUCAUAAAAAUUCAAGCAAUGCUUAGGUCUUUCCUGGCGAGAAAAAAAGCUAAUCGAGUGGCGAAUAAGAAAAAGGGAAAUGAAAAAGCUAAACUUCAGAAAAAGUUAAGUGUCUCCAACAUGUCGCAGGAAGAAGCAGCAACAAAAAUUCAAGCACGAUUUCGAGGUCAUCAAGCACGAAAGGAAACUGGACCUCUCCUGAAGGGUGACUUUGACGCUGAUACUAAAGAUUUCAUGGCUUACUACUUCAGAAAAUGGAGGACUAAGAGUGUCUUCCAGGUCCUUCUUCGAUACCGAGCAGUUCGCUACCAAGACCUGGUGCAACUCUCACAACAGGUGCACCUAUUCAAUCAGGCAUUGAAUUCAUCGAUCCAUAAAUCAAACUUAAAGGUGCCAUCAGGGAGAAUCGAUCCCAAUGUGACUGUCGAUUCAUUUCUAGAGAAACGAAUGCCCCAGGUACACAAACUACCCUUCGAUCUGAGCCAGGAAUUCCCCAUGUUCGACACAACCUACAUGAACGAGCCCUCCACCUCCAGAAGGCACCGGGGUAAUUCCCUGUGCUCCUCAUUAUCCGACGAGGAUAUGCACGAGAAUUGGGACGCACCUCUCAGGCGACAAACCGUCCCCUGGUUCGCAAAUACAAACAAGAGAGAUGUUGAAGUGCAAACAACCAACUCCCCGCAUAGAUCACCAAGGGCUCCCGUCAACAGUGGACAGAGUAUCAUUAAUACUCCUUAUUCAAGGGAUCCCCGAGUACCUGUUCAAUUACCACCUGAACCUGCCCCACCCAAGAUCACCUCGACUGUGAAUAGCAGGGGAAAUUUCAUGGGACCAACUGGACCAACUGCUGGAAGCUAUCUAUCUCGCUCAAAUAAUUAUAUGAAAAAUAAUACCGAAACGGUGAGGUCCAAGAAAAAAACCCCACCUCCACCGAUUCCACAAAUACAAAAUAGAAAUUGGGGAGAUAACGAGGGAUCGAAUCGAAGGGGAAGUGCUGACGAGCUAGAUUUCGAUAGAAAUCGAAAUAUGGCUAGUACUAAUAGGGCGAAUCCGAUUAAUGAAUUGAAGUCUAUUGGACGUAGAAAUAGCAAUAAUAAUGAUUUUGAUGAGGAGCCUCCCUUUAAUUUCCAGGCAAUGCUUCGAAAAACUCCUCAUCAACGUGAAUCCAUGAAACGUACCCCUAUAUACGACAGCUAUCGACCACCCCCACCAUCAUAUGACCCACCCUCUCUACCAAAACCAUUGAAACAAGUGCGGGAAAAUGAAUUUAGCUAUAAAGCCAGUAAUGAUCCUGAUGCUGUGACAGUUUAUCGUAGUGGAAGUAAUGUUGAGUCUCCAGAGUGGAGUCCCAACGAGAUGGUGAGAAUGUCAGAGGAAUAUGGACGUGAGGGGGCCUGGGGAGGUGACGAGGCCGAGGAUAAAGCUAUUCCGAGCACUUCUAUUAUGGAAUCAGGUAAAAAAACUCAGCGAAUUGAUGCACCAACGACUGUUAUUGGACCUGAUGGACUAUCUCGUGUCGAAAUUGCACCGGGUAUUAUUGUGGAGGGUUAUUGCAAGGAUUUUUAAGCUCAGAAAUUAUGAAAAAAUCAUAAUAUUACAUGAUAAAUAAUUAUUAGCGCUUUGCGAAGGCGCUGCGAAAACGUUUCCGUAAAAAAACGAUGAGAAUAACGAAGUACCGAUUUUUUAGUAAUUAAUUAUAAUAAAAAAAUAUGAGGAAGAGCAGAAUAAAAACCGCAAAUGGAUAAAAUCCAUAAAUUAUCGUAAAAAAAAUAAUGUUAAUAAGCGCAUAUAAAUUCGUGAACAAUCACAGAUUAUUCAACGAAUAAAAUAAAUAAAUCCAAGUCAUAGGACUUGUUAAAUUAU